AUGUCGGCGCGGCGGCCGUGGCCGUGCUGGCUGCUGCCGGCGCUGCUGUGCGGCGCCGCGGGGGGGUACGUGGUGGUCAGCUCCGUGUCGUGGCCGCUGCCCGAGGCGGGGGCGGCGGCGGACGAGCUGCACAGCUCCUCCACCGAGGAGGCGCUGCCCGCGCUGCUGGAGGAAGCGGGCGGCCUCUGGAAGCAGAGCUACCCGGCCUCGGCGUACCGCGAGGAUGCGGCGCUGGGCUCGGCGCCGGGGCCGCGGCGGCCGGGCCCGGGGGCCGCCCCCUCCAGGAUGUUCUCCUACCGGCGGGAGGGCGGCGGGGCGCCGGGACGCGCCGGGACCGCCCGCUUCCUCGCCCAGCACAGCACCUGGGGCUUCGUGGCGACGCGGGCCGCCCGAGGAAAGAUCCAAGGUAUGCCCUAUGGGAACUGUUUACUUCUCAGCGAUGGUCCCAUCAAUAACAGCACUGGAGUCCCUUUCUUUUACGUGACACCAAAAGAUAACACUGUGACGGAUCUUCUGAAGAAUCCCAUGGCUUCUCUGACCCUUCCAGAGGCAGAUGGAAAUUUCUGCAGAAAAAACGUAAUUGAUCCAGAGGAUCCAAGGUGCGCCAGGCUGACUCUCACGGGACAGAUGGUCACGGUGCCUCCAGAGGAAGUAGAAUUUGCCAAGCAAGCAAUGUUUUCCAGGCACCCAGUGGUAAGAAAGUGGCCUCGUAGCUAUGAGUGGUUCUUCAUGAAAAUGAACAUUGAACAUAUCUGGCUUCAGAGCUGGUAUGGAGAAGUUUCUCCCAUUGCAGUAGAAGAGUAUUUAAAAGCAGUUCCAAAUAAAGGAUGA